UGGUGUGAAAUGCUGCGUUGCACCAAAAGAAGAGCAGAGCAGCUUUCUCGGUGGCCGAGCUCUCGCUUGUAGGGGUCAGUUGGUGGUCAGCGACCGUCCAAAAUGGACCUGGUCGCCGAGACCAUCUGCUGCUACCCCGACGCUUACUUCAAUUCGAUUAUGGAAUCGAUGUACUUCGCCGACUUUUUCGUGAAAUGCGCCGGUUCGCCUCCGGAAUUUCACAUUUUCUGCACUUCACCUGUGACUUCAGGUGUGCGACAAUUUUUUCCCGACCAAGACAAGUUGGACGACUAUGGCACCGACGACACGGAUUCAGACUCGCCAGACACUGUUGCUUCCAACUCUUCACACACGGAGGGUUACGUGUACAUGAAUGGGGACAUUGAGAAGAUCCCUUCAGGGGUGGCUUUCGCCGCGCCCACCCCUGACCUCCAGGCUGCCGGCGCUUCAGAAUCUGACAGGCAUUUAGUCAACGGGGACGACGCGAUGCCGACUGGGGCGGCGGCCAGCGGCCAGAGCCCUAACACGGCCAACAUGACCGCAGCCGAACUGGAGCAGCUCAAACAGUUGCUCGCAACACAACUCGAGUACUACUUCUCGAGAGAAAACCUUGCAAGUGAUACGUAUCUGCUGUCUCAAAUGGAUAACGACCAGUACGUCCCAAUUUGGACUGUUGCUAAUUUUAACCAAGUUAAAAAAUUGACAACAGACAUCAAAUUAAUCACCGACGUUUUGAGAGAAUCUUCGAUAGUCCAAGUGGACGAGGAAGGUCUUAAGGUGAGGCCUAACCACAAGAGGUGCAUAGUCAUUUUGAGGGAAGUUUCCGAGAAUACUCCUGCCGAAGAGAUUGAAGGUUUGUUCUCAAGUGAAAACUGCCCCAAAUGUGUCUCCUGCGAGUUUGCGCACAACAACGCUUGGUACGUAACCUUCGAGUCGGACGAGGAUGCUCAACGUGCUUACCGCUUUCUUCGAGAGGAGGUGCGCGAGUUCCAGGGCAAGCCGAUUAUGGCACGCAUAAAAGCCAAACCCAUGAACAGGCUACCCAUGAACAACACACCAUCAUCAACCACCGGCCCGAAGAAUGGGUUCCGCAGUCCGCCAGUUUACGAAACUGCGCGCACCUUCACCCCUACCAUGGUCUACGCCAAUGGUACCUCGGCUUCCACGCUGAACUUCCCCAACGCGGUGCAAAUCAUCUACCCUCCUCAGCAGCCGACACCUCAGCCCUCCUUUGGAUACACCCCGCCCAUGAUCCCUUGGCCACCCAGCCAUGGUCAGCCUUAUUACGACAUCGGCAGCGUUUUCACAGUCAACGGCCUCGCUCCUCAGAGCCCCUUCCCAAAGCCCCCAUCCUCAAAAUUCAAUACCCGCUCAAAAAAGCGCCCACCUACCAGCUCCAGUCUACCCGACACGUCGAGAGUAGCGACCAUUGUGACGCCUUUGGCUGCCGCCCCGGUGGUGAUGCCCAAGACUGCUUUGCUCGACUCGAGACAAGACGAGAUGAGAGCUGACGAAGACAGGAGAGGUGAUAAAGAUGCUACCGGAUCUCUGAGGCAAAGGAGGCGCAGAAAGGAGGACGACGUCAGAGCUCCUAGUGGAUCGGUGCGAGCCAUGGCCAACAGCCCCCAGCCAGUUGCGACUCCUGUUGCCUCCGUUGUGCAGCCUGGCCCUAAGUUUGACUUGGAGGCCACUGCUUUUCCUCCCUUGCCCGGUCUGGACCAGGAAUCAAGCACCAAAGCGCCUGCCCCUGAACAGCUUGAGACCUCAGCUUCACCGUCACCUUGGGAGAGCAGGCUCUCUGAUGUGGUGAAAGGCACAGCCAAAGCAAAGGUUUCUACGUCCAGCUCUCGUGAUAAAGACCUCCCAGCUCAGCCUGAAGUGACUGCCACUCCACCGCCACCUCCUACUCCCACAGCUGCUUCUGUUGUUUCUUCGGCGCCGAAGACUGUGGCAGCAGUGGCAGCGACUCAGCCCAAAGUAGUGAAAGCAGCGGCAAAAGUAGAAGAGGCACUAACAGAAACACCACCCACUCCUGUUGCCACCCCUCCAAAUUUCCCUGAAAAGUCGGUCAAAAGCAUGGCCGAUAAAUCCACGAAGACUGAUGAUGCCUUGCUGAACGGAGAGGUGAGCGGCUCCACCGCCAAGUCAGCUCCCGAAGCCACCCGCUCCAUGGCGGCCGCCAAAGCAGCCCCGCCUGCCCCCGUGAUGGCCAACGCCUCUACAAUGACUAACCCUAUUGAGAAACCAAGCAGCAACAACAACAAUGUGAACAGCCAAGACAACAUACCCAAUGCACCGUCUCCCCCGCCAGGCUCAAAACUCAGCUAUGCACAAGUGGCGCAACACCACAGGGAGAAGCAAAUGAGGGAGGAAAGAAGCAAGUCUGAGUCAGAGGGAGGCAGCACUACCAGUAGCAACAAUGGCAACAAACAACCUGAGCUUAGAGAUGUUAUAACUUCAACCGCAACAAAAGAGGGCAUUGGGCAGAGGAUGGGUCGUGGCGGCGGCGGCCGACCCAAUCAGCAGGGCGACAGAGGCCAGUACCAUCAGAGAAAUCGCCGCAAUGAUGAUCGUCGGAUGCGAGAACCUCGGUCACCCAAGUAGCACUCGCUUUUGUCAGAACUAUUGACAUCUUGACGGCGCCCGUCAGUGGUGCUCCACCUAGAGACACUGUGAGUGUCUCGCAAGUGAAAUAAGAAAAUAGUGUCGCUCGAAAUAUUUUUGAUUAAAGACGACCUUGCAAGCAAAAGUAACAAGAAAGAAUACUACACAAUUGGCAACGAGGAGUGAAAAAGAAGAUGGAUGGCUCUAAAGAAUCAAAUAUUUUUGGGACACCCUUGAUUGUAGCUUGCAGCCUUAGAUCCCCGCCAGAUGAAGAGAUAUGUGGGUGCCGAGUGCUUGAUUGCAUAAUAACUGUGAUAGCCCAUGUGUGUAAUCCUGAUCAAUGGUUGUUUUAAUUUUCGCCUGACACCACGACUACCACCAACGCUGCUGCUGCUGCUACUUCUUCUCUUUCUAAUACCUAUCGAUAAUCACAGGGUAAAGCCAACUUUUGUUUUAGCUCCCUAAGCUCUCAACGGAGCCGCCCGAAUUUUUAAGUUUUUAACAGACGACCCAAAAAGAGGGCAUGCACUUAACGCAGAAGAUUAGGUAUGUGUUUUUAUUGCGUGAUAAUUGCACUUCAUUUUGUGGUCUGUUGGCAUUUUGUGGUCGGAACGCAAACAGCAUCUUUGGCUAUGUCUUCCAAAAGCGGACCUUUUUUGACAUUUUUAUUUUUCAAAUAUGCACAGUCCUUGCCUAAGCAUUUACCGCCUCUUUACUCUUUUUUUUUUAAAUAUCUCGACUCGCGCGAUCGCUCUUUUUACCAAACAAGUUUGCGCCUCAGUCCGAUAUCUUGAUCCGUUCGCGCAAGGAACACCAAUUACGAUUUACUCUCGACAAUUGGACGCGAUUGAACCUAUAUCAAAGUCCUCUCGUUACACUUUUCUAGAUUCCGUCUGGGAAUUCUCGCAAGGCUUGACGAAUACCUUUACAACCCAUUACCUAAUCGCGACCACAAAAUGAUCGAUAUUUGUAGGGAUUUUCUUGAUUUUUUUUGUUAAGGCCUUAAUAAUUAAUAAAUAAUUUUUGCUUCAAUGUACGUUUCUCUUGCUUUAUGCUGUUUGUAUUUUCCAGUAAAUGUGAUCACUUUUUGAAAGUCCAUUUGUUCAUGAUGAUGACGUUGAUAAUGAUGUGUAACAAUGCUGUAUGGUGGCUUAACCAACCAUCCAACCAACCCUGAUCGAUUUUGUUUCAACAGAAAAGGGGCAUGCAUGACAGCCCCUCUCAAUCCCCGCCCCAAAAUGAACAUGUUGAAAAUGAAGAUGAAAAGUUAGUUGUCGUGUUGUAAAAUAAACAGAAUAUUAAUUAACAUGAGAUGACGAUGAUGAUGAUAAUAAUAAUGAAAUAGGCUAGAAUGGAUUAUUAUGAUUAUAAUUACACUACGUUUAUUAAUUAUUAUUUAAGAGUUGUUUUUGUUGUGUGUUCUGCUCUUUGAGUUUCACAGCCACUUAAAAAAAAGCGAGAGAUAACACACGUGUAGGAAAAAGUAAGUGGAUUACAAGAAAAUAGAAAUACAUUUGGGGCUGUGGGUUGUAUAAACAUGAUCCAGAAAAAUAAUGGAAUACACUUGGAAAAAAUAAAUAAAUAUCACACACGACACAACAUGUGGACAUGAAAGUUAUUUAUCAAAUCACAAUUUGUGGUGGAACAAGAAUGAAGUUUAAAGUUACAACUAUGUUAAAUAAUUAAUAAUUAUUUAAUUGCAGCAGUUCCUUGGUAUACUAAAUAAAUAAAUAAUAAAUAUUAUAGCUGUUAGCUUUCGGCAUUUAUUGAUACAUAAAUGGCAUAAAGAACUCAUCGACCAAAAAAUGAUGUAAAAUACUACAAUACAUUAAUAGUGGCAUUACAUUGCUUCAAUUAGGCUGUACUCAUUUUGGCACUGUUUGGCUACAUUUGGUCUCAUGAAAUGCCCAGGCCAGCAUAUCUCACUGUUGCGAAUUGUCCAACAAAAAAGAAACAGUAUCGAAAAGAGCAAACUAGUUGAAAAAAAGUAACGAAGCAAAGAGUUUGUAAGUGAACUCCAAAUUAGGAGCCACCAAAACGUAGCUACUCACAAAUCAAGCCAAGUUAGCCGAACUGCUGAAGUGAAUUUUGGUACUUUGAAAGAAACGCGAAUACAAGCUGAUUAUUUUGGCAAACGUGUUGGUUAUUUUAUAAUUUUGCACAAAAAGGGUAAAUACUAUCUCUAUGAUUAUCAAUUGUAUACACUUGAUUAUAUUUGUAAUUUGAACACGUGUUGAAUGAUUACGUUUCACGACCGACUCUGAUUCUGUGUACGCAGACUCACCGUCUUUCGGCUUCAUCAGGCAUGAAUUCUGUGCAAAAACCGUGAGCCCUUUCUUUGCAAUUUAGCUGGAAAACAAAAAGAUCACUCGUCUACUAAUAAUUCUAAUUGUGGAAGUAACUAUGACAAAAAUCAGUGCCGCAGUGUGCCAUGAUAAAAAGAGAGUUCUAAAUAAUCUAGCCGUUGCAGAUCAGAGAGAUUAUAAUUGAGCCUAUUAUUAUUGCUGAAAACGAAAUUCGUUUCUGGUGAAACAGAAUGCGAUGGAAGAAAGAAAAAAAACAGUGACAUCGGCGGAAAGAAUUAAUAAAAAUUUAAUGUUGUUUACAAACAAAAGGAAACUGAGAUACACAUACUGAAAAAUUAAAAAUGCAAACGUGGAAAAAUUAAUAAGAAACUUGUGAACUUUGCAAAAACGUAAAAGAGGAUUUUUAAGUGUGUUGUUGUAACGGAUGGCAUCGCGAAUAUCAUCUCUAACUAAUAACCAAUAAUACAUUAUUGUGUAUGGGAGGGAUCGAGUUUUAUCUUUGUUUGUUUUAUUUUGCUGUUCUUGAGAAAUGAAAAUGAAAUGAAAAAGUUACUCAAAAAGGCCAAAAACA